GUUCUCUCUUAUUCCCACCGAUAGGUGAUCAGAUCUCGUUCUCAGUCUACACUCCAUCGGCAUCGAUCUCGUCCAGAUCUCUCUCCUUCUUACCUCCGCCUUUCUUCGUCGGCUCCUCUUUUUACCUCUUUCCGUCGUCGAUUCCGGCGAUCGUUGGUAAAUCUGUUGAGUGAUAAUGGAUGGGACUGGCAGAGGAGGCACUGGUGCUGAAGUUAUUUUGCUAAAUUACAAGCUUGGAAAGACUCUGGGCAUUGGUUCAUUUGGUAAGGUGAAAAUUGCAGAGCAUGCAUUGACAGGGCACAAGGUGGCUAUCAAGAUCCUCAACCGUCGUAAGAUAAAAAGCAUGGAAAUGGAGGAAAAAGUGAGGCGGGAGAUAAAAAUAUUGAGAUUAUUCAUGCAUCCUCAUAUUAUACGCCUUUAUGAGGUUAUAGAGACACAAACGGACAUUUAUGUUGUUAUGGAGUAUGUUAAGUCAGGGGAACUAUUUGAUUACAUUGUAGAGAAGGGCAGAUUACAAGAGGAUGAAGCUCGCCGUUUUUUUCAGCAGAUCAUAUCUGGUGUUGAAUACUGCCACAGAAACAUGGUGGUUCAUCGGGAUCUAAAGCCAGAGAAUUUGCUGUUGGAUUCAAAAUGCAAUGUUAAGAUCGCGGAUUUUGGCUUAAGUAAUGUUAUGCGUGAUGGCCAUUUUUUGAAGACUAGUUGUGGAAGCCCAAACUAUGCAGCCCCAGAGGUUAUUUCUGGUAAAUUAUAUGCUGGGCCUGAGGUUGACGUCUGGAGUUGUGGUGUUAUCCUAUAUGCUCUUCUUUGUGGUACUCUUCCUUUUGAUGAUGAGAACAUCCCCAAUCUGUUUAAGAAGAUAAAGGGUGGAAUAUAUACUCUUCCCAGCCAUUUGUCUGCUUUAGCAAGGGAUUUGAUUCCCAGGAUGCUUGUUGUUGAUCCUAUGAAGCGGAUGACAAUUCGUGAGAUUCGUGAACACCCAUGGUUCCAAGCUCGUCUACCUCGCUAUUUGGCUGUGCCUCCACCUGAUACGAUGCAACAAGCUAAAAAGAUUGAUGAGGAUAUUCUUCAAGAGGUAGUCAAAAUGGGUUUUGACAAGAAGCACUUGGUGGAAUCUCUUUAUAAUAGAAUACAGAAUGAGGCAACUGUUGCAUAUUACUUACUUCUGGACAACCGAUUCCGUGCUACCAGUGGCUAUCUUGGAGCUGAGUUUCAAGAGACUAUGGAUUGUGGCUUCUCUCGUAUGACUUCAUGUGAAACUCCAACCUCAGCCAUUGCACAUUGUCUGCCUGGAUAUAUGGAUCCACAGGGUAUUGGUUCCAGGCCUCAUUAUGCUGUUGAAAGAAAAUGGGCUCUUGGACUCCAGUCACGAGCUCAUCCUCGUGAAAUAAUGACAGAGGUCCUCAAAGCUCUGCAAGAAUUGAACGUUUGUUGGAAAAAGAUUGGUCAUUAUAACAUGAAAUGCAGAUGGCUUCCCGGCUUUCCUGGUCAUCCUGAAAGUAUGCUUAAUAAUCCUAUGCAUCAUAGUCAUAGCUUUGGCGAUGAAUCUGCCAUUGUUGAAAGUGAUGAUGUUGCUGGGAAGUCAUCUAAUGUAGUCAAGUUUGAAGUUCAGCUCUAUAAGACAAGGGAAGAGAAGUAUCUCCUAGACUUGCAGAGGGUCCAAGGGCCGCAGCUUCUGUUUCUUGACUUAUGUGCUGCCUUCUUGGCCCAGCUUAGGGUUCUAUGAGAAUGGUCUUUGGUAGGCUUUGUCCACGAGUGUUGGCUGAUAAGCUAUUGUUGUGAAUAUGUAACCAUACCUUUAUGUAUAUCUAGGCACUUCCUGUUUAACUUUUGGUUUGUUUUUUCUUUGGAUAUUGUUGCCGAUUGAGCACCUGACACAGGCAAGCUUCUUUGGCAAAUAAUUUGUCUAGAUGCUUGUUUUUUUUGUUUUUGUUUUUGUUUUU